AUGACCGCUCGAGAAGCAAGGACGGUGAUCGUCGUCACCGGCUCCCACACAAUCACCGCCGGCUAUGGCAUCCACGAGAUCCUCAAGCGUCCGUCCAUCUCCUUAACAGCACGCGUCGGCCUUCCGCGUUCGGCCGCGUCCGGAUCGUCGAGCUCGUCUUCGGCUCCCGACUACUCGCAGUACCUGGUUGGAUCUGCGCUCGACGAGGCGGAGCGUCGCGGCGAUGAUGUCGCCAUCUUUUGGCCCAUGCGCAAGGGCUACGUUCGCGAUUGGCAGCAGAUGAUCGCGCUGUGGAACUACGUUCUCUUCCACCUCUUGCCCAUCCGUCGCUCGCACAACGAUUCCAACGUGCUCAUCAGCUUGCCGCUUCCCAUCUCGCGUGCAACACACGCCUACCUCACCCAGAUCUUCUUCGAGCACUUCAAUUCGGCAGCCAUCACCAUCGCCGAGAAGCCGCUGCUGUCGUGCUACGGCGUCGGCACCAUGAACGCGUGCGUCGUCGAUCUCGGCUACGAGAGCUGCGACGUGACUCCGGUGAUCGAAUGUGUCGUUCAAUCCAACGCCAACGUCAAGACCGACGUCGGCGCGCGCCACUGCAUCCUCUACCUCGCCCAGCUCCUCCGCCGCGAUCAGAGCGUCGCCAAGGCGGUCCAGACGCUGCUCCGAUAUACCCGCAAGGCCGCAUCGGCGACGCCGCGUGAGAACGACGACACGGCUCUCAGGAGCGCCAUGUUCUCGCUUGCCAAGCAGCUCGUCGAAGAAGGACUGGUGCUGGACGAAGACGCGGUCAAGAAGGGCGCUGGUGGCCUGCUUUCCGCCGCCGACGGCGAGGAUGAAGAGGGCAACUUUGACAUCGCUGCUGUGCUCGUCGACGGUGCCAAGAAGCACGACGACGAGGACGAGGAGAGGCGCAGAGCGUUCGAGGCCAACCAGGGCGAGGGCAUCGACGAAGCCGUGCUCGCCUCAAUCACGGGCGAGGACGGUCAGCCCGGCGGCUCGACGGACGACAAGGCGGUGCUUGUCCACUUCCGCGGACUCAAGCUCAAGAUCGGUCCCGAGCGCUUCCGCUUCCUCGAGCCCCUCUUCCGACCCGAGCUGCUCAAGGAUGUGGCGGGCGCGGCUGAUCUGCACGUGGGCGACGAGCCGUUCGGUGCAGGACCCGUGGUUGCCGAAGCUGAUGGCAGUGCGGGCCAUGCCACGUCGAGCUACGACAGCUAUCCGAUGCCCACUGCGAUGCCCGACUGGAGCCAAGCUGUGCCGCUGCCGCUGGCGAUCGCCAACGCCAUCUCGCGCGUCGAGGAUGCGGAUCGUCGGCCACAGCUCUGGGAGAACCUGAUCUUCACCGGCCAUCCUGCCAAGAUCAAGACGAUUCAGAUUGAGGCCAUCUCUUCGCUCUCCGAGUUUGUCGCUACCGAGCAGACCGAAGCGGCCCAGGUCCUGGCCGAGCCCAACCCGCUGCAGGCGCGCAACGUUCGUGCGCUGCGCGUGCCCGACUACUUCUCCGAGUUCAAGGACCGCACCGACCUGGCGCCCUUCCUCGGCGGCACAAUCUAUGCCAAGCUCGUCUUUGGCGAUCCGCAGGCCAAGGCCUUCAUCACCAAGCAGAACUACAACGAAGCCGGCCCCAACCAGGCGUUCUCGGUCAAGCUCACCACCUGA